AUGUGGAGCUUUCUGAACGAUGUGCGGGAGUCGGUGCGGCAGGUAGUCGCGCCUCCUCCCAGCAGGAGCAGCAUAGCUAGCACCACCACCACCGCCACGUCUACGACGGCGAAUACGAGGGAGAUGGGCUUCGAGGAGGCAGUGGAUCAACUGACAACUGGCCUGCUUUACUUAUGGCGCAAGGCUGACCAGGCAGCCAGUAAGGUCCUUCGCCAAGCCUUCGACGGAGCCGUCUCGCUUCGGGAGGAGGCCACUCCACGGCUGUUUACCGUGACAGCAGAGGCGCGCGCGUCCCUGUCAGAGGGCGAGCUCCUGGAGCUCCUCAUAGAUGCCGUCUCGCAGGCAACCGAUCGCACGCAUCAGGCACUCGAUGAGGCCAACUUUCUCUUGAGCCUCGGCAUUGAAGAGCAAAUCGCGCACACGAAAGACUACGCGGGGUGCUAUCAGUGGUGGGAUCGAACAGUGAACCGCCGCCUUAUCGUCUGCCAAGAGCUGCUGCAGGCCCGCUUCGCCGAUGCCUCUUCUACACCACAGCAUUUGGCAACCGUGAUGGCGCUGCGCACCCAAAUAGAUGUGAUCCGACGCGCCUCGACCCAGCCGCUAGCCGCUGUCGCCGCUCGCGGACGCCUUCUCGAAGACGAGCGCUACGACUUGCUCAAAUCUCUCCCCGCCAUGCUCCCCGUCGAAGGAGGCGAUCAACCCGCACACGCCAGCUCCACGGCAACCGAUGAUGCCGCCUCCACCGCCCACCAGCCCACUGCCGCACACCCUAGUGAAGCUUCUUAUACGCCAUCCACGGAGGGCGUGGUUGCUUCCGUGCCUCGUGACUCAUACAUACCUCAGUUUAGGCCCUUUACCAUCUCUUCACCAAUCGCUGCUGCCGCUCCGCUAACCGAUUCCGCCACCGCUACUCUUCAAGAGUUCGACUCCACUCACUGCCACGCACAGCCUGCCACUGCGCACGCAUUUCCAUCACAGACGCCACCUUCCUCUCAGGAGCAGGCACGCCUUGCCCGUGAGGCGGAGGAGCAGGCACGCCUUGCCCGUGAGGCGGAGGAGCAGGCACGCCUUGUCCGUGAGGCGGAGGAGCAGGCACGCCUUGUCCGUGAGGCGGAGGAGCAGGCACGCCUUGCCCGUGAGGCGGAGGAGCAGGCACGCCUUGUCCGUGAGGCGGAGGAGCAGGCACACCUUGUCCGUGAGGCGGAGGAGCAGGCACGCCUUGUCCGUGAGGCGGAGGAGCAGGCACGCCUUGCCCGUGAGGCGGAGGAGCAGGCACGCCUUGUCCGUGAGGCGGAGGAGCAGGCACGCCUUGCCCGUGAGGCGGAGGAGCAGGCACGCCUUGCCCGUGAGGCGGAGGAGCAGGCACGCCUUGCCCGUGAGGCGGAGGAGCAGGCACGCCUUGCCCGUGAGGCGGAGGAGCAGGCACGCCUUGCCCGUGAGGCGGAGGAGCAGGCACGCCUUGCCCGUGAGGCGGAGGAGCAGGCACGCCUUGCCCGUGAGGCGGAGGAGCAGGCACGCCUUGCCCGUGAGGCGGAGGAGCAGGCACGCCUUGCCCGUGAGGCGGAGGAGCAGGCACGCCUUGCCCGUGAGGCGGAGGAGCAGGCACGCCUUGCCCGUGAGGCGGAGGAGCAGGCACGCCUUGCCCGUGAGGCGGAGGAGCAGGCACGCCUUGUCCGUGAGGCGGAGGAGCAGGCACGCCUUGCCCGUGAGGCGGAGGAGCAGGCACGCCUUGUCCGUGAGGCGGAGGAGCAGGCACGCCUUGCCCGUGAGGCGGAGGAGCAGGCACGCCUUGCCCGUGAGGCGGAGGAGCAGGCACGCCUUGCCCGUGAGGCGGAGGAGCAGGCACGCCUUGUCCGUGAGGCGGAGGAGCAGGCACGCCUUGCCCGUGAGGCGGAGGAGCAGGCACGCCUUGCCCGUGAGGCGGAGGAGCAGGCACGCCUUGCCCGUGAGGUGGAGGAGAGUGUGGCGCGGUCGAAGGUAUCGAGGGAAUCCGAGGAGGUCUCUGUAGCACUGUACGGCGAGGUGAUCCUGGGCACCGAGGCAAUGCCAAAGGAAAUGCACACGCCGCCCUCCAGCCAUAAUGUGAUGCCGCCCCCUGUGGGAACCGUAAUGGACGAUGAAGGGUGGGGCGAAGAAGACGGCUUUGAGGAGGUAAACAUGGCUCAGUUCACAAAAUAUCUCGGCUCUCCACAAAGACGCACUAGUUGGGGCGGCGCCGACCCCUCGUUCUCGUCAUCGCCGCUCCCUGCGUACGCGCAGGCGCACACACCAGCGUCUGCCCGGUGGGGUGCAUCGAUGUCGUGCCAGAAGCUCUCGCCGCCGAUAACGCCAGUGUCUGGUGUGCAAGAGGUUGGAUUAACAGCGGUGGUCACUGCCGCUGUGGGCCGUCGAACAGGCGGAAUGAGUUUGCGUAAGAAAUCGCCGCCUGUGCGGGUGGCGAGGGACGGAGCAACGCCCGUGUCCGCAUUCCAACCUCGCAGCUCAAUGGGCAGUAGUAGCAGUAUGAGCAGCCCUUACGGCGGCGCCGCGAAUGCUGCGUCUGGCGCAACUGGAUGGAGACCUGCACCUCAGCAGAGUGUCUUCUCUAGCCCUUCGGCGGUGAGCAAGCAAUCGAAACGCCAGGUGCAACUCGAGGAUGACGAUAAAUGGGAUGAGGAUUGGUAG